AGUCAGCACGAUCUGGGAGCUCCUAACCUAUAGAUGAACUCUCAGCGACACGUGUACUGAAAGCAGCGCCACCGCGUGGCAGUGAACGUGAUUAUCAUGAAGUCACCGAGCGGUGAGCGCGUGUUCCGUGCACAUACCACGCGUGCUAUUGUUUACGUGUGCGCAUGCUUGGAUGCAGCGCCGCGUGUAUAUAAGGCAGCGCGCUACCAAGUACCGCAACACAACACAUCGAGAACUACGAUAUUUGUCAGAAAAGAUUUUAUCGAUCGAAUAGAGAAGCUAUGGACGCAGUUCGAACGGAAAGCUUCACGCCGAUGGAGAUGCUUGAUUGGAAGGGACUGGAGUUCAUCGGUGGACUGCAGAACCUGAUGGCAGGUAGAGAGGAACAGCUGUUCGCCUGGUCGAGAUACGGUGAUCCGGCCAAGCUGUUUGUCGUCUACUUCCCGCUGCUCUUCUGCCUCAGCAACAAGUGGGGCAUCAGACUGAUGUGGAUCGGGGUACUCGGAGAGUGGCUCAACUUGUGCCUUAAAUGGCUGUUAUUCGGGGACAGGCCGUACUGGUAUGCUGUUGAAAUGGCCCAGGCUCAUCCCAACGUCUCUGUACCCUUCACCCAGCAGUACCCGAUGACGUGUGAGACCGGACCUGGUAACCCGUCUGGCCACGCUAUGAUUACUGGUGCUGUCUGGUGCGUGCUGGCAACAGCAUUGCUUAAGAAACUGGAGAAGCACGUUUGGUCCGACCAGAAGAGAUGCCCUACGCUGGUCUACACGGCAGUUUGGUCAACCUUCUCCAUCUGCUAUCUGCUCGUCUGCCUGUCACGACUCUCUCUAGCUGCUCACUUCCCACACCAGGUCAUCGCUGGCGUCAUCUGUGGGAUGCUGCUGCUGGCUGCCAUGUCAACCGUUGCGCUGUCAGCGGUGCGAGUGCGCACCUACAUCAUUACGUCUGCCCUGCUGCUGGCUGGAGCCUACGGACUGUACGUCUCACUGAGAUUGGUCGGCAUCAACCCGGACUGGUCCGUAGUCAAGGCGCUUACAUUCUGUGAUAACCGAGCCUGGGUGCAUCUUAACACGGCACCUCUGCACUCCCUGGCCAGACUGUGCGGUGCUCUGCUUGGCCUCGGGCUGGGCCUGUACGCCCGCGAGCACACCAACGCAUACCAUGAGAGCCAGCAGCACAAGCGCAACCACCAACACGCGUUGGACAUUAGGAUGGUGUCGGCCGUGUUGGCUGUCUUCCUAUACAAGUGCGCCGAGUCAAUACCGCUGUCACAAGACCCGAUCGAACUGUUCUACGUGGCAGCGUUCGUAAAACACACCAUCGUGCCUGUGCUGGUCGUUGCUGUCGUGCCCGUGGUCGCUAACCACCUCCUCACCUGCUUCUACAGCAUCCCGAAGAGCAAGUUUGCAAGCUGAAGGACUUAGCUUCAUCGGUUAGCUCGUCUACGAGGCUUAUGCCUCA